AGACUCGAACCUGAUCGAGUGGGCGAACAAAAGGAUCUUCGCCGAACCCAUGCCAUCAUGCGCCACACCGUGCGUCCGCAUCGCUUCACCCUGUGCUCACCCUCGCUCUGCUGUGGCUGCUGUUACUGUGUCCUGUUCUUCGCCCUUGGUAUAAGGUACCACCAAGAACUGCUCCGAGAAGUGAUGCAAGCGGCCUCUUCCGCUGUCUUCAGCAGCGCUCCCAGCUCUCCGGCGUUCCUCCGAUUGAGAUCCCACAAGGGGAAUUCUAUCGUCGCGACCGCAGUAGGGAACCCCACCACCGAGUCCAUGGCCGCUAAGUGGGCUCAGAAAACCGUCGUCAUCCCUCCCCAGAGGCGUGGCUGCCAUCUCAUCACCUCCAAGAUAUUGAAAGAGAUAGAACAAGAUCUAUCAGGCUACAAAUGUGGCCUUGCUCAUCUUUUUCUGCAGCACACCAGUGCUUCUCUCACCAUCAAUGAGAAUUACGACUCAGAUGUUCAGGAUGACACUGAAACGUUCCUUAGCCGUAUUGUUCCUGAGGGGCGCUCUGCACCUUGGAAGCACACUUUGGAAGGACCUGAUGAUAUGCCAGCACAUAUCAAGUCAUCUAUGUUUGGUUGUAGCCUCACGAUUCCUAUUACGGAUGGCCGUCUUAAUAUGGGGACUUGGCAGGGGAUAUGGCUUUGUGAACAUAGGGAUCAUGCAACUGCUCGCAAGGUUGUCAUUACUCUCAAUGGGAUGUAAAGGUUUGAGGAUCAACUAAUAUGUUGGAACUUUAUUGUCCAGAUGAUGUUGCUUAAAAGACCCCCUUUACAUUGCAAUCAUGUAAUAAGCAGCAGCAAGAUAGCCAAUGCACUUGCAAGUUACAUUAUUUUCUCUACAUGUACCUGACCAAGCUUUUGCAGUUAUCACAUUAUUUAUUAUAUUCUGUAAAUUCAAGUUGAGUGCAGUUGUUCAUGCAUUAGUAGCCCCCUAUCUUAAGCUGUAUUGUCGUUUAUUAGCAGUUUCAGCUACACUCAACAUCGUAAACUAAACUUUGAUAGCCACACGGCCAUGCGACUGAGGGAAAAAGUACAUUUUUGGUCAAAUAAGAUCUGAUGUCUCCACAAGAAAACAUCAUGUAACGUAAUCGCUGCUGGGGGAAUAUUUACAGAUCAAUGGCUACGUAACAUAGCAAUCAAAUAAUUCGACUAUUGAUCAUCUACAACAUUAAACGUAAAGAAUGACUGCACAA